CAGAGCUAAAAUGAAGCCUCCUCAUGUCGUUGAUGACGGUCUGGAAAAAAAAAAAAGAAAAAACAGGAAAUUCUGUAGAAACCAAAAGCUCGAGAAUUUUCACGGCCGAGAUGGCCUGCUGUGAAAGCAGUAAGGGAAGUUUGGAGGAGGACAGCUAUGAAGGGCCUGUCGCAGGAGAGCUGUCUGGCUGUGCUUUGGCAAUGCUGGAAAAGGUUCAGGAAUCCCUUCUUAGCCCUUCGGAGAACCCCGGUGCCCCUCUUCAGGGCUACGAUGUGGAGUUUGACCCCCCGCUAGAGAGUAAAUAUGAGUGCCCUAUCUGCCUCAUGGCUUUGAGGAAUGCCAUUCAGACACGAUGUGGUCAUCGUUUCUGCAAGAGCUGCAUUGAGAAGUCCAUCCGUGAUACAGGUCAAAGGUGCCCCGUGGACAAUGAAAUGCUGUCAGAAGACCAACUGUUCCCUGAUAACUUUGCCAAAAGGGAGAUUCUGUCACUAACCGUUCGCUGCCCGAACUUGGGCUGUGCUGACAAGAUGGAGCUUCGACAUUUAGAGGAUCAUUUGGUGCAUUGUGAGUUUGCUACCGUGCCUUGUUCACAGUGCCAGCAGUCUGUGAGAAAGAGCCACUUAGACGAACACAUAACCACCGAGUGCCAAAGAAGACCCGUGUCAUGUCCAGAUUGUGUGGCAUGCUUUGUUUAUGAGGAGAGAGAGCUUCAUCAGCAGCAGUGUCCCUUUGCCAGUGUAACGUGUCAGUACUGUGAGAUGGACCUCAUCAGAGACCAGAUGGAAUCGCACUGUGACACAGAUUGCCCAAAAGCCCCGAUCGCCUGUAACUUCAGCAUCUUUGGAUGUAAGGAAAGGAUGCAACGCCACAACCUGGCUCAGCACAUGCAGGAGUUCACACAGAUGCAUAUGCGCUACAUGGCUGAGUUUCUGCGUGGCCUUAGCCUCAAUGGUACCACACCCAAACCCCUGAGGACAUUAGGACCUUCACUUUCCUCAGAAGAUCAAGGAGCUGCUGCAUCAGUAUCAGCCUGUAGUGGGCCCAGAGGAGCUGCAGCUCUAAGCUGCAAUAACAGUUGUGCUCCAGGUCCGCCUAGCGAAGAGAUGCAGCAGAGGCUCAGAGAGAUGGAUGGACGAUUGGUGAAGCAGGAUCACCAGCUCCGUGAACUCAUCAUCUUAAAAGACACUCAUGUGGGCCAACUAGCAGAGCUCCGGCGUAGGGUGUCGGUAUUGGAGGACACAGUGAAAGAGCUGGAGGCCCAGCAAUGCCAGGGUAUCUUCAUCUGGCGCCUCAAAGGUUUUUCAGCCCACAUGCGGAACCAAGAAGCGGGCAUGCCAGUGGUUGAGCACAGUCCCGGCUUCUACACAGGCCGUCCAGGCUACAAGCUGUGCCUGCGCUUACACCUGCAGACCCCCAAUGCCCCUCGCUGCUCCAACUACAUCUCCCUAUUUGUGCACACCAUGCAAGGAGCUUUUGACGGGCAGCUUACCUGGCCAUUUCAAGGAACCAUCCGGCUUGCCAUCCUAGACCAGGGCCCUGAGGGUCAGCAUCACAUGGAGGCAAUGGAGACUAAACCAGAUCUGCAGGCCUUCCAGAAGCCGACAAUUCAGCGAAACCCCAAAGGAUUUGGCUACGUCACCUUCAUGCACCUGUCGCAGCUGAGUCAGAGAGCUUACGUUAAAGAUGACACUCUCCUUAUCCGCUGUGAGGUGACACCACGUUUUGACAGUAUGCUUCACCGUGAGGGACCAGCAGUACAGCCAAGAGGACCGGAGGCCUUUGUUUCAAGAGACUAAAGUCAAACUCAUUUGUGUGGGAUCCUCAUCACACUGCCGUGUACAGGACCUCGACCAGUGUUUCAGUAAUUUAGUAAAGUUUAUCUUAAUUUCUGAACAUCAAGCAGACAAAGAUUCAUGUUACCAACCUUUUAAAAUAGUUAUUUAUUUUUUCAAGAUCAAUGUGAUGUUUGUUUUUAAUAGAUGUAUACAGCGCCUAAAAUGAUGCUGUUAAGAUAAUGUAAACAAUUAGUUUUUAAUCAGCUCAGCAUCACAGACUUUGCUUUCUUGUUGUGGUUGUGGGAGACAAAAUGUAAAAUCCUCUGCAGAUUUUUUAUUUUUUUUUCUUUGUGUCAUUUUUGAACACUCUUUUUUCCUGAUGAUCUGCAAACAUGUACAAGGCAUGGGAGUAAUGCAUUGCUUAUUAACAACUGGAGAACAUGGAAAUGAAGUAGUGUAUAAAAGCCUUAAAGCAACAUGUGAACAGAUGAGGGCGAAGCCCCUCGAAACAGCUGUGGUAUGUGUGGUAAUUUGUUGUAGCCACAGUUGGUCACAUGAUAUCUUAUAUUGAAUCAUGAACAAAAAUAAGUCACUGGAUAACAUUGGAAAAAUAAACAGUCGUUAUAGACACAGUCUUUGUAAAAGUUAUUUUAAUGCCAUUUAUGUGUGCUGAGUCUACUAACUCAGCUAUACACAGAUUCUCAUGUGAAACUGUGGUGACACCAAAGCAGCAGAAGCCUAAAGAGCCCCCC